AUGUUUGGAACAUUUCGCGUAGGAUCUUGCCGAGCCUUCACAGGUGCCUCCGGCUGUGCCAUUGCCAGCUUCGGGUGCUGGCCCAUGGGGGACCGGGAAAGGGACUUCUCUAAAGCGGGUCGGGUGCCAAUCUCUCAGCUGAAGGCCCGCCACCGCCACCGCCUCCACCAGCCAUUCCUUCACUUCCUCCUGUUCCAAAUGUCGGGCCGGAGGACAUGCACACACUUUCCUUGCACCGCAAAAAACUUCAAGAGUGGCCGAAUCAGUGCUGCCACAACCGGGUUUCAGGACAUCCCACUGCAGAGUAUGGAAGGCGAAAAUACCAAGUCUUGGUACACAGUGCCUCCCAGCGUGGCUGCCAUGGUGAACAGCACCGUGACACCGUUGCCCAUGGCAUAUCCUUCAGCUGCUGUUCCGGCUGUGCCCACAGCAAACGAUCUCAUGCCGAGGUUCUUGCCAGCACCCGUGGUGCCUUCACAGGUGCAGGCCGAGGCAAUCCGACACACGCUGCAAAGUUGGCCAAUGCCACCUACAUUGGCAGCUGGCCCGGCCGCUGCUCCCGCACCAGCACCAGCCGCAGGCUUCCUGCAGAGGGCGACAAAGGAGGCCAGGCCCGUUUUGUUGUGUCAUGUGUGGUGGAGUGACCCCACUGGUGACAUGCGAUUCAGGAAUGGCUACAACUUCUACCACCAGUACGCACAGAUCGAUUUCACAGUUCUAGACAGACGUAUGGGAACUCUUGAAGAGCUCCGCAACCUUGUUAACGAAGCCCAUGCCCUCGACAUGUAUGUGAUGAACCACAUGGUGGCUUGUCCCUGCGAAUUUGGGCAUACUUGUGUCGUGGCGAACGACUAUUAUUUCGAGGGCCACGCGAUGAGCCAGGCCACGUGGCGAUUCCAUGAGGAUGGGGGCAAGCGCGAGUACAAACUGAAACCGCGAGCUACCCAGGCCUCUUACUUUCACGGCAUGGUUUGGUGCGGCGAUGCGCUUUGGCAAUCCUUUGGAAAUGAGCCUACAGGCAUCCUGAUCAACAUGGACGCCUGCGAGGACCGAUGUCAAUCAGACCCCGAUUGCUUCUUCUUCCUGUACAAGAACGACCUGGGCUCCUUGAGCACAUAUCACUGCGCAGGCUUCAAUUCUUGCAGCUCUCCAACCCCCUACACUGAUGGUCAGGGACAUGUCUACAAGAAGUGGGUUUGGCCCGUAAAGGCCGUUCAAGAAGCAGCAGAUGUUUGGUGCGGAAGCCACUUGUGGCAAGAAUACGGGCACGAAGCAACCGGGCUGCUUGUAAACCAGGACACUUGCGAAGCCGCUUGUGCUUCCGAUGCAUCUUGUCAGUUCUACCUUUGGAAGGACGACCCUGCUGCAAACACACGCUUCCAUUGUGCUGGCUUCGGAACGUGUGCAGAAGCUGAUCAAACUCCGUUCGGGGAUGGUGACGCUUCCAAAAUCUUUCAGAAAAGGACCAAGGCUGAGAGAGACAAAGAUGGCCUUUAUCACACACCUGCUGGUCGGCAACCGUAUAGUGAUUUCUGGUACAGCAAUGCGUGGGAUCCGGCUGCGCAGUACAACGGGACCCUGUACGGUCAAUGGGGCGAGAGUGCAACGGACACGGGCUAUGGCACCUACAUUGAAUCAGAUUUUCAUCACAACGGAGAUUUGAUCGACUAUCACGAUCCUUGGGAGAUUAACCUUGGUAAAAUCUACGGUGUUAUGGACGACUUGCGGCUUGAGCAGGACCGUGUCCAGCAGAAGUACAUAGCCAUGACCAAGGCCUUGAUUGAGACCGCUGAUGUGGAUGGGUACCGUGUGGACACCCCGAUGCAGGUGCCGUUGAACUUUUACAAGGCUUGGGCACCAGCAAUGAGAGCUCAUGCAAAGACGCUUGGCAAAGAUCGCUUUGGGAUCUUUGGGGAGUUCUUCGUCAGCGCAGAGCGCUACGCUACCAUGACCGGUCGAGGUCGAGACAAUACGAUGUACGGCCAGGAUCGGUUCAUUGACGACAUAGCCACGCUGAAAGGCGGCAUUGUCUACCCGUACUACUGGUAUGUAUUUACUGCGAUGGUGUACCAGCGCCCAGAGUAUGCAGAUGGUCUUCCGUUGGCAUAUGUCGAAGAGAACAAAAUGAUUGACACAUAUGAUCCAACCACCAAUCGUCACGAGUACUCGAUGUGGACAUUCUGCAACAAUCACGACAACUGGCGGCUGCAGAGUAUGACCGGCAAGCCACACUUCGUGAUGUGUCUUGCAGUCAUAACCUUCUGGCCAGGCGUUCCUCUUCACUACGCAGGCGACGAGCAAGACUUUGACACUCCGGGCAGUGCUCUCGACGGAUGGGCUCGAGAAGAGCUGAGUACAUCCUUAGCUUGGCGAGCAGUCCGCACGCAGGAAUCAGGUAACCCAGCAGAUGGAGACAAUUUUGACAUGACCCAUCCAACCUACUUGUACAUCGGCCGGCUCAGUGCUCUGAGACGAGCCUACUUCGGCAUUUUCGGAGCUGAAGAGUGUGACGAAGUCCAAUACCCUUCAUACGCGACCCCAGAUGUGCUUGUCUUUCUGCGUGGCUGCAAUGCUUCCAGCAAGGUCUUGGUAUUCGCAAACUUCCACACUACAGAGAACAGAUCUGCAUCCAUUGAUGCGCUUCCGUGGGCCAGCGGCACUCGCUUGACGGAUUGCAUUGUGAGCCAUGACCCAGCAGAAGUCAUUGUUUCCUCGGGAAGCGUCUCCCUCUCACUGGGUCCAUUGCAAGCUCUGGCUUUCGUUGAAAACGUGGCUGCAGUUCCUCCUUCGAUUACCGAGGUCAUGCCACGACAUGGUUCCACAAUUGACACCCAGGCGACCAACCUAACAAUCACGCUGCGCUUUGAUCGCACUGUUGACUCCUCCAUGGUCUCCAACGUACUCCUCGACCAGACUUCGGGCGGGUUUACGUGCAUGGGCGACACAUGCACCCGAGAAAUCGCCAUGGCGUCUUUGGCAGAUGGUCAUCACACUCUGGAGGUUCGUGCGGGUUCAGCAACCACAGACGGAAUGCAGCUCCAUGCCUCCUUCGAGUCUGUCUUCUUGUUGGAUCGACAGCAAGGUGCCAUAUCAAAGCCAAUCCACGAGCAGCCAGGCCUCAUUUGCAGCUUUGGGAGGGAGCUAUGUCACAAUGCCGUUGGGGCCACCCUGUAUCGGGCUCAGAAUGUGGGUGGGAACUGGUCGGAAUGGAUGCCAUAUGCUUCGACCACCGCCUGGCAAGCACAGCUGGACGUGCCAGUCCUUGUCCAAUAUUUUUCUCAACUCAGUGCAGGCUUCAUUGUGGGUGACUGCCUGGCCUCCACGGGCAGACGUUGCCAUGUGAGCUGGCAUGACCGAAUGUUCCUGCGCGGUGAAUUGAACAACUGGGGCGGUUCGGACGAAGGGCACAUGAUGCUCAUAAGUUCGUACACGUGGGCAUCCAACAUCACACUGAGCCAGUUUAUCCGUGCCCGCUUUACUCCCACGAAUGAUUGGUCAAAGUCUUACGGAGCCCACCCUGUUCGGGAGCUCUUGUACAAUGUUCCGACCUUCGAUGAACGUCACAGAACCUUCGACAUCGUGCCCACGAAGUCUGGUUCGGAGCCAUGCCGAGAAUGGAUGGUCAAUCGCAGCUUGUGGUCGGAACAUGAGACCAUAGCAUCCGGCGCGGAAUUUGCCAUUGAUCUGUGGCUGAGUCCCUUCUGUACGGCAGCCGCGCCGCAGUGCGAGCCAGAUCCCGAGGCCAAGUGGCAAUGUCACUCGUAUCAGACCGGCCAGGACGCUGCGUGGUGUGCUUCAGUUGGGUCGGAAGGCUGCUUCGAGUACAGCACGAAUGACCAAAGUGAAGAGAUGAGCUCGUGCGGCCCCUGCUACUGCUGCAAACGGAAAGUGUCAGCUGCCCAGUCGGCUCCAGAAGCUUCGCCGCAGCUUAGUGCAACAUCUGUCGGGGCAAAGUUUCCAGUGUCUGAAGCAUGCUCAGCAGCUCAGCAUGACGUGUGCUUCAUCGAACUGGUGCAACUAGAAAGAAUCCAUGAUGCGAUUGUAUGUCAAGCUGAAGCAUGGGAAGCUACUUGCUGCAUCAAGUUCAAUGACCUGUAUUUGAACUACACGAUCACCCCAGAUCUUUCCCAAUGCGCACCGGGUGAGCCUGUUGAUCAGCCGGUGCUAGAAGCUUCCUUCAUCGUUGCAGUGCAAAUUGAAAACAUGUCUGAGUUUGCAGAUGUCGCCUACAUGGUCAGUGCGGAGUUCGAGCUCCUGAACUGGACAGGUGCUUUGCAGGCGGCUGCCACGGAGAUCUGUGGCAUCCUGACUAUGCGCAAUUCAACGUGCUCAUCUUCAGGUGCCGAAGUCAUCCGGGCAGAGGUUCGCACAGCUGAAGCAGAUGAUGCCGGCGCAUUGCAUGAUCUGGCGAAAGACGCCCAGCACAUGCAACACCUGCUUAGAAGCGGCUCUGAUGCUGGAGGAAAUGCUUCCCUGCGCUUGAUCAUGCCCCCUGUGCUGGAACUGCGGCUCUUGACAGAUGUGGUCGCCUUUGCUUCCGACUGGCAGGCUCCUGAUCUCGCUCCAAAUGUUUCAGACCUGACACGUGAGUUCUCCAAUGGAUACUCUCGUGCCGUGGUGCUGUCUGUGUUGCCCUCGCCAUUGGCGAGCACGACUACAACUACACUCGCACCUGCAACCAGCGCAGCUCCCAAUGUCUCGACAACUAGCAGCACGGUCACAAGCUCGAGCUCCGCGGGCACAAAUGACUGUGUUGAGUUGGCGGUGAAGAGUGCUGGCGCUCUGGACGGCAACCUUGCAGAGUUCUUCAUCGAUGGCGUGCAAGUAGAGAUGACCCCGGGUCGAGGCUUGAGCGUUGUGGUCCUGGAUGAACAUGGCACGAGCGCAUCGCAGUUGCAUGUCUUCGACACGGGAUUUCAAGCGGGUGGUUCGGCACCCCUGGCAACGCUGCUGAGCAGCCUCUCGGAAGGCGUCGGCGUAAUGAUUGCUGCCAUGGAUGAUGCUUCGGACAACUUGACGCUUGCUGCCAGAAAUGCGAUCAAGCAGCUUGGGGCAACGCAGAUAGACAAUCUUGGCUACAGGGGGUCGUAUGCAUUGAUUGGUGUUAAGGGCCGAUCGGCUGUGGCCGAGAGGCUGGCGGCAUCAGGCGAAGGCCAUGUGCAGGUCAGCAGCAGAAAUUCUUGGAAGCCAGCGUGUGCCGACACCACUUCAUCUUUGGCAAAUGCUGGUGAUCCGAUUGCAUUGCGAGUUCGGAGUGCAGGCGCGGAUGAUGGGAAUUUCGUUGAGUUCUAUGUCAACGGCGCUCUUGUUGACGUGGUUGCUGGACGGGGCCUGACGGUAGUAUCUAUGCAAGAUGGGCAAGUUGAGACGCAUGUCUUCGACACGGGCUUCGAGGGCCUGGGCUCCGAGGGAUUGGUCCGUUUUUUGCAAGGCUUACCGUACGGCACGCUUGUCAUGGUGGCUGCUAUGGAUGAUGCGACCGACAACCUAACAGCAGAGGCGAAAGCUGCUAUCGAGGGCUUGGGCGCCAGCGAGAUCAGAAGUCUGUCAUACCGCGGGUCAUAUGCACUGAUUGGUGUGCAAGGCGGCCUGGCACUUGCAGAGCGUGUUGCUGCUUCCGGAAGUGGUUCCGUCGAGAUUGCGAGCACAUGGCUCUGCGAGUGCUACGACUACGAGCUCCAGCCAACAAGACCAGUCAGAGACGACAACGGAGCCCGAUGGAUCAGGCUUGAGCUCAUCGACUGGCUCUACCACGGCAUCAGAAGUCUCGUCUUCCACGGCAAGGAGCUGGGAACCUUGGACAAAGGGAAAAAGCAAGAAAGAUGCAGACUGCAGAAUCAGGCCGAGUGCCAGCCGAAAGAAUUCAAUGAACAAGUUGAUGCGUCUGACAGAACCGGGCAAUCCGUUGUUGCCUUCCUUCUGCUUUGCGACUUGGCUUUCGACUUUUCUCGUUCUUUUGCAAUGAUCCUUUCAUCGUCUGACAGACGCUUUGCAGAUGUGGCGCUGAUGGAACAUGGAGAAGAUGAUCUGCUUCUGGAAUCUGGAAUUCCAGAACAGGUUGGUGCUGCCAGCUUCAUCCAGAUCGAUAUAGCCAAGACAUGCAUGCCGGCAAGCAGCGUGGACCAGCUAUUUCAAGUCUUGAGAGACAGUUGUGCUCGAGUCGAACGGGUGAAAGCCUUUGACUGUGGGCUCGAUGACGCUGCAUCGAGAGCGAUUGCAGGCUGGAUAGAAGCAAUGCCACCUGACAACCUGCCCAGCGAGCUCCAUUUAUCGCACAACCGCAUCACCCCGGAUGGCUUUCAUGGCUUGGUGCAGGCCAUCGAAAACAAAUGGGCACGGCUGACGCAGAAGAAGCCACCGGUCUGGCUGCGCGUGGAAGGGAAUGCGAUAGAUGAUGCCACGAUCUGCGCCCUCGUCACGGGUGGGCGUGCUCUCCUAGCGCAGAGCCUGAAAGCUCCAGAGCGGCGGAGUGGGAUGGUGCCGCUGUCCUUUCCAUCUUUUCACGGAAAGUCUCUGCAGCUUCAGGAUGCACCAUUCCAACUGAAGCCGUUCCAGCGCCAAAGCGACUUUCAUUCAUUUGCUGGCCCACAGCAUUCGCCACAAUUUCCUCCUGAUCCCCCCUCGAGCUGGGACGUGGGCAGCACAGGGCCCACUCACACCUCAGCAAUGCCCCCACCCCCGCCACCCCCGCCCAACCUGCCAGCCUUGCACAACCGUUUGCCGAUGCAGCUUGAGCAACCGAGCUGGUCAGGUUGCCUGCAAAGCGGGAAUCAGGCGCCAAUGAUGAAUAGCCUGAAUAGCCCUGUUCACAACAUGCACACAUUUGCGGCAAACCAGGCGCAAUUCAUGCCAGGGCCAGGUGUCCACGGCCACAUGCCCAACAGUCAGGUCAUGUUACCAUCGAACCAGAUGCUGAACAACAUGCCCCACAACCCGAUGGCAAUGAUGCAGCAGCAUCAUCAGCAGCGGCAUCAAAUGUCCAACCCAUCACACAACUUUCCCGAACAUCAGCAGUUUGGGAAUUCAGGAAAUCUGCCAGUUCUUCAAACUCAGGCUGGUUUCCCUGUACAGAGCCAGGUGCAAGGACAGAUGCAGAUGAUGCACGCUAUGCCGCACCAUGUUGGUUGGCAGGCACCUGGUCUACUUCCAGGUGCAGGUUGUGCAUCUAACGUGGGUGGGCACAUGUUCCCCUGCCAUGACAAGUUCUUGGAGGCACCGACAGAGGUGCAGCCGCAACCUGCGAGACCUUCGUUCUCCCAGGAAAUGUCCAGAGAACGAUCCCGGAGCCGGACCCGCCAGAAUGCAGGCGAGAGCAAGCCACAGUCAGCGCAGACUCAGACAGGCGGGGAGCAUGUUUAA